AUGGGGAUCAAAGAUGGCCGACCCAAUUGCGGGCCCCUUGGACGUCGGCACGCGGUUCGCUGGACUGGCCGGCCCAACUCUUCGUUUCAGCCUUUCAGGGGCUUUCGGCUUUCGGAGAGCAACGGGAGGACGGACACUUCCGGCCCGACCGGCGUGCCGGGCACCAGCCGGCGGCUCAAACUGGCGAAGGGGAGCGAGCUCAGGGCGGAGGUGGGCCCCGACAAGCCGGUCCGCGAGACGCCUCCUCUCCGGCACCGAGCUCCCUCCGGAGAACUAGCUCGCCAUCCCCCCUCGCCGAAAGAUUUUCACAUGGAACAAAGUGCGACCAUUGAAUUGGAUGGAAUCAGCGAAGUUGAAUACGUUGCAAAUGAGACCCCUAUGGUGAGCUAUGUGGAUAGCGAUGCCAUUCUUGAUGGACGAAGGCUUCAUGUUAAAGCGUCCCAAGGCUGUGAUGUAGAUUCUUCACAGGCAUUAUGCUUUUUAUGUGUUUCUGACCCUUAGUGAUCGAUGAAUUCCUUUCAAUUUUGUAAGUAAUGUUGCUGGCUCCAAGUUAAACAAUGACCGCAUUCUCAGUUUUGUCUGUUUGUGGGGAAAGGCUGCUUGUGGAAAACUAAAAUUUUGAAGGAUAACACAAUGUUCACGUGGAAUGAUGAACGUAAAGACUAUGGGUUUGAUUGUCGUCAUGGCAAGUUAGAGAUUUGGGAUUUGGUAUUAGUUUGGCAAGUGAAGCAAUUUGACGGCUUGUACGAGAUUUUGGCAAAAAUGUGAUAGUGCAAUGAAGACCAAAGAAAUAUGCCGGAGUAAUGAUAGGUAAAGAAUAUAAAGAAUAUGCUUGAGGAAGGAUAAAAGUUCAUUCAAUGAUCAGGUAUAUGGAAAAAGAUAUAUGUUGUUUAGUGCGAAAAAAAUAUAUGGAAAAAGAAACAGGAAGUUUUGUGAAUCUGCCACCAUUUACAUAGCAUGAAAUAGCUUGUGUUCGGAUACAUAAUGUAGUUGGAGUCCUGUAGUGAGAUGGGCUACCCUAUGUAGAUUUUAUUGAAACAUGCAUAAUACUGAUUAAUUAAAUGGAUUUGCUUUAGUGCUAGUUUUAAGGCGAGAGGUCGCGUAAGUUGUCUUGCAAUUAGAAACUUGGUAGGUGUUUAAAGCAUCCUUUGUGGAGUUUGUGGUCUUUAAACCAUUUUCCCCUUACUUUCCCCCUCUAAUGAACUUUUUGAUUCAAAGUUCAAGCAUUUACUGUCUUAUUG